AUGGCUCUCGAUAUCUGCGUGAAGGUCGCCGUUGGUGCUCCUGAUGUUCUCGGAGACUGCCCAUUUAGUCAAAGGGUUCUUUUGACACUCGAGGAGAAGAAGCUUCCUUACAAGAUCCAUCUGAUUAACGUCUCCGAGAAACCCAAGUGGUUCUUAGAGGUUAGCCCGGAAGGAAAAGUUCCGGUGAUGAAGCUUGACGGAAAAUGGAUAGCUGAUUCUGAUGUCAUUGUUGGUAUCCUCGAGGAGAAAUUUCCGGAGCCAUCUCUCAAGACUCCUCCUGAAUUUGCUUCUGUGGGAUCCAAAAUCUUUGGUGCUUUUGUGACUUUCUUGAAGAGCAAAGAAUCCAAUGACGGAUCAGAGAAGGCGUUGGUUGAUGAGUUAGAGGCCUUGGAUAACCAUCUGAAGAAGCAUUCUGGUCCUUUUUUAGCUGGUGAAAGAGUUACUGCAUUGGAUCUGAGUUUAGCACCUAAGCUUUACCAUAUCGAGGUUGCUCUUGGUCAUUACAAGAAAUGGUCUAUUCCUGAGAUAUUGACCAAUGUUCGUAAGUACGCCGAGGCUUUAUUCGCUAGAGAGUCUUUCGAGAAAACCAAGGCUAAGAAAGAGUUUGUGGUAGCUGGUUGGGCGUCUAAGGUGAACGAGUGA